AUGGAGCCCUUAUCUAGACCAAGAACAACGGAGGAACUCGUCGAGCGUUUAAAGAGACUAGAACUCGGCUCGGAUAACGAUCCGACGAUUACAAGGCUCAAGCCGACCUCAGAACGCAAUCGAGAGGCUCACGCACUUCGUUCUCUAUCGUACUCUAUGGUACAAACGUUUUACAAUCAUCCAGAACGAUUAUACGCUGUCGAGGCUGCCUUGUUAUCCCCAUUUUGCAAGGAGGAGAGCUACGUCCUUCUGUUCGAUGCCUUCGUUAAUUCAAUCGCAGCCGAUUCAAGCGGGAGCAAUAUUCCGGACAUCAACGUUUUGAAUUCCUUUAGCAUCAUGUUACGUUCAACUCAGAUCGAGCACAUUGGAAAGAAGCUUCCUCUUGGAUAUGCUAUUCAGUCCCUUAUGAACCGGCUCACAACAGCUUGUUCGACAGCUAACGAUAUGACCCAAUAUGAAUUAUUGCGCACAUUGUCAACGACUCUAGAUGCCAUGAACGAAUUUAAAUUCGAAGGCAUCAGCGACACCCGAAUAAUGCAGCCCCUAUUCGACCUGCUAGAAAAUGCGAUCGAGCACCCCGAAUUGCGUCUCUCUCACGCAGCACGAUAUGCAAAACAGGCCUUGCGCGGCAUCCACAGCGACGUUAGCCCAUGGCAAAAACUCGGCAAAAGUUCAUGGAACGUAAUCAAGGGUGGCGCCGCAAUUGCUGGUUCCGUCGCGACUUUGGAUCCGAGCAAGUUACUGGAAGGCUUGGAAGCAGUAGGCGAAGUAUCGAAUAUGGUAAAGCUAAUCACAGACAUCAUUGAUGAGCUCAAUAAAAUAAGCGACAUGAAUAAGGAUGUUCAAACCGUAAAGAGUCCAAGGCAAUGGUAUGUAGCGCUUCGUUAUACGGACUUGAUAAUCCAGGGACGAAGGGACAUCCUCCUUGGAUCUUUCCUUGAGAACCUCGAGCCAUCAUUGGGGAAGGACGAAAACUUUUUGUGUGGACUCUGUGCACUUCUAGAACAGGCCAUCCACGAUAAUUCAGAUAACGAGGUCAUUAAAGUCCUGAAGGAGUUCUUAACCCAUCAAAGGGACAACUCCAAGUUUAGACCUGUUCAUGAAUGGAUCUAUUUGAUAGCUGGGCCUGCGAAGUCAACGAAAUCCUCUAGGGCUGGCCGAUUGUGGUUUAAGCUGCACCUCUCGCGGAAUGCAACAUUGCUGCGGGAUACCAGAGAACGCCACCCCAAAUACCAGGGAACUUUCUGCUGGAGAAGGCGUGGCCUACUUGCCAUGAAGCUAAGGUAUUUUACGCUGAUCAAGUGAUACGAUACUAUUAUACCAAUGAGGUAUUCGGGCGACUUAAUGUUGAACGGAUUGGUAA